AUGCUUUCUUGGUUAAGUGGCUUUGGCGGUAUCGACAUGAAGAUGGAGCGCUUUGGAAAACAGUGGUGGAGGCGAUUCACGGUUCGGAUAGAAACUUGGGAUACUUUUCCAAGUAACUUGAGGUUCACAGGCACAUGGUCUAAGUUGGUUAACAAUGGGUAUCGGCUAAAUGUGGGUGGUUUCAAUAGUUUGAGUAUGAUUCGAGGCGUCUUGGGCAAUGGUAGGAAUAUCCGAUUUUGGAUUGAUCCUUGGGUUUCUUGGAUUCCUUUAAAAAGCCUGUUUCCGGAUCUUUUUCUAUAUAGAGGAAGAACAAUUGGAGGAUUGCGUUCAGUUGAUGAAGGUAUUGCUUUAGGGGCUAACAAUGAUCGUUGGGUGUGGGAUUCGGCUUCGGGAGAAGAUUUUUCGAUGUUUCAAGUUCGGAAAUGGCUGGGCAGCGACCGAUCUGUUCAGCUGGCUUCGGCUUUUGAAUGGUGUAAAUGGCUCCCGUUUAAGUGUAAAGUGUUUAUGUGGCGUAUGUUGAUGGAUAGAAUUCCGACUAAAAAGGCAUUACAGAGAAGAGGCAUUGAUUGUGGGGAUUUAAGGUGCAAGUUUUGUAAAGAACAGGAGGAUUGCAUCGACCAUAUUUUCACGGCGUGUAUGUUGACGUGUGGUGUUUGGAAUGGGAUUGCUUCUUGGGUCAAUCUUCCUCAAUUUUAUUUCUUUUCUAUCAAUGAUAUCUUGCAGAUUUAUUCGUCAUCCGGAUGGUCGAAAGCGAAGAAAGCAGCGUUGCAUGGUGUUCUUAUUUUGACGUGUUGGCGGAUUUGGAAGGCUAGAAAUGAUCUCAUCUUCAGGGAUAUUCGGCGGAAUGUGGUUGAGAUUGUUUCGGACAUCAAAGCGUUGGGUUUUAUUUGGUUUUCUAGUAGAUUUAAUAAGGGGUUGUUGGGUUGGAAGGAUUGGCAAAGAUUUUGUUUUGAUGUAAUGUAA